UCAACACAUUGGCGAAGAAACUCUACAGCACUUGAUCUUGUAGCAAACUUACUUCAUCUCAAAUUCAAUUCUUGUUCGUCUCUUCGAAACAAAGAAUACAAUCACCAAAAUGUCCCGCCAAAACUACGCAGUCCCCCUUAUGGGCGCAGCAGCCCUCCUGGGAGGCGGCAUCUACUACGUCCGCCAACCCUCCUCAAACCCAGGCGACGCCGCCCAACAAAUCGCAAACAACGCAGACAACUCCCGAUCGACCUCCGAUGCCGUCACCGAGCAGCGUAAAAAGGCCGCGGACGCGAAACGCGACAACGGCCUAGGCGGCGCUGGCAUCGGUACCAACACGGGCGCCACGGGCGGCGCGGAGUUGAGUACCGGCAAUCGAGGCGGCAGUGCCGCCGACCGCGAUACCCCCAAGGGGCCCAAGGACAAGUUUCCCUCUGACGCGGGCGAGAUUGGAGGCGGACCUGGCAGGGGCAACUCGAAUACUAGGGCGAUUGAGACGCAUGGUCCUUCUAUGACGCCUGGGUCGAAGACGUUGACGGGGGCAUUGAGCGGGAAGAGCAACGGGCCGAGUACCUCUGGAAGCAGUGAUAGCGGCAGCUCGGGAGAGGGAAUCGGGUCCAAGAUACAAGGCUUCUUUACGAGUUCGAGUAAGGGGAACGAGAAGGUCAGGCAGUCUCCGGUUGACACCAAGAUUGUGAGCCAUUCGCCUGAUACUCCGACAAACCGUGGUGGAAGUCCGUGGGAUAAGGAGCGAAGGGACGUGGUCAACCACAACCGCUCAUAAGCUUAAUAAGACAAUGACUUAUUUGUACUACAGUCAUCAGC